UGUUUAACUAACCCAGAUGUAGAUGUUAAGUAAUUCGAUACUAUGAUAUAAAUUCAUCUUCUUGUUUAGUAUGCACCACAAAACUUUCAAUAUCGAAAUACAAAUGUUUUCAUACAACCACCAAACGUACCAAAUACAAACUCAAUGUUUCAUCAUACAUCCCAAGUUUAUCCGUUUUCAGCUCCGCCACAAAACAAUGCCAUGCCACCAAUGGCUACGUAUCCAUCGCCAUUUUUGGUGGAUCAUGGCGGUCAUAUGAUUAGUCAACCACAACCACCUCCACCGCAAGCAUAUAUAAAUAAUCAAAUGAUGUCUGGUCGACCACAA